AUGGCCGAAAUGGAAUUUGAUGCAAAUGAAGAAUUUGUGCGUAAAGACACAAAGGAUAUGCUCGUGAAAGACGAAAACGACACUGCCAACACAUUAAAUAUCACGGCACUAAAUGGGUAUAAAAUGGCAACAAUAGAAAAUCAAAACGUUAAAAAACAAACAGAAGAUGUCGAACAAAUUAAGAAAACAACAGAGCAAGUCGGUCAGAGUGUGCAAAACGCAAGCGACACAGCUAAACAUAUUCGGCAAAUGCGGUGUGAAAGUAGAAAAUGGACAAUAAUAGGAAUUGCUGUUGGGAUCGUCAUAACUUUGAUUAUUAUAAUAAUCAUAGUUAUUGUUCUUAUUGUGGUAUUCAAAAAAUAA